CUCAAUCUCAAUUUUAUCAAUCCCAAAGCAUAGUAUUGACUACCAAAUCAAACAUUUGGAAUCAGCCAAAUUUUCAGGUUAUUUAAUUUUAUGUUUUAUAAGUGUAGAAGUAGUUAAUUUAUUAAUUUGUAAAUUUUUAAUUUAGAUUGUGAAAUUGGACUUUUAGAGUAAAAUAUAGCUAUAAAAUACUUGAAAAUUAGAAAUUGUGUUACAUUUUUAAUUUGCCUUAAAUUUCGGUUUUAGGAGUGUAGAAGUAGUUAAUUUAUUAAUUUGUAAAUUUUUAAUUUAGAUUGUGAAAUUGGACUUUUAGAGUAAAAUAAAGCUAUAAAAUACUUGAAAAUUAGAAAUUGUGUUACAUUUGGAAUUUGCCUUAAAUUUCGGUUUUAGGAGUGUAGAAGUAGUUAAUUUAUUAAUUUGUAAGUUUUUAAUUUAGAUUGUGAAAUUGGACUUUUAGAGUAAAAAAUAGCUAUAAAAUACUUGAAAAUUAGAAAUUGUGUUACAUUUUUAAUUUGCCUUAAAUUUCGGUUUUAUGAGUGUAGAAGUAGUUAAUUUAUUAAUUUGUAAAUUUUUAAUUUAGAUUAUGAAAUUGGACUUUUAGAGUAAAAUUUAGCUAUAUAAAAUACUAGAAACUUAGAAAGUGUAGUUAUUUCAAAUUCGAAUUAGACUUUGCGUUAAAAUUCGAAUUUAUGACCUUACAAGUACUUAUUUUAGUUAAAAUUGUGUUCACCGUUAAAAUUAGAAUUUAGUAAUUUAUAGCUGCUUAAUUUAGCAAUUUCAAAUGGGCCAAAACAUUCCGCGCCCCGGGCCGGUUAACCGUUCACUACUCACGUUGUCAUUGCGUGCCCAUCGUGCGGACCGUGUAUGGUAUGAACCAGAUGACAAAGACUCGUGCUUGAAAUGCGUCAGUUGCCCUUCUCAGGCAUUCAGAGAUGAAGAGCGAGAUCAAAGAGUGAUAGAUAUGUUAGCAUAUGCUGGCUUCUUGGGGGUAGAGCACAUUGCCCGUAUGAAGGUGGAUCAUAGUUUAAUAUCUACUUUGGUGGAGAGAUGGAGGUCGGAGACACAUACUUUCCAUCUUCCAUUCGGUGAGGUCGGCAUUAGUCUACAGGAUGUGUCGAUCAUCCUUGGUUUUCCCAUUCGGGGUAGGCCCCUCAGUGGUCCAACCGUUAAGGAUAAGGCUCAUUCAACACGACCAUCUUUCAUAUGGCUGCAGGUGGGUCGUCCCGCAGUCAUAUAAGGGAUCCACAAGACACUGCAUACGCUUGUACCAGGAUGACCUAAACCGCAUGAGAGAGAGUCAUUUUGAUUUCACUCCCUACGCGGACGAGGAACUCCCACCUAUCAUCCUUCAGGACGCUCCGCUUUGGUCGACUAGGGUCAUGCUCAUAUUUUGCAAUAUGGCCAAAAUACAUUACCCCGAUCGAUUUCUUCGGCAGUUCCAUAUAAGGCAAGAUACUCCGGAUGCUCCUUUGGCGGGUACUGAUCAUCACGGCAAUCGUUCCAACAUAGUAAUCGGUGCCUUGGCGAUGUGGGCGGACAUACAACAUAACAUAUACUAUCUUGAUUAUGAUCAGCAUAUGUCCUACGAAGCAACUACGAGGUCCCGAAAAUGGUACAAGAAGCAUGACAUGACACAUCUCCAGAACCCUUCUCACAUUGUGCCCACGACAGGCUACACCCUGACAUCACGCCAUUGGGGUAUUGUGAAGCAAGGCUUUUACGAGGUGAAUCGGCUCUUAGCCGACCGCGCGAGUCAUGACGACUGUUAAAAACGACUUCAUCAGAUGACCCUGGCCGUAGGUGAUGAAGAGAUGCUCCGCCGAGGUGUAUUCCAUUAUGAAGAUGAAGAUGAAGGUGGAAGUGACGAAGAGGAUGAUACAGAUGAACAUGAAGGUGGGGGUGAGCACUCACAAUCGCCCCAUCAAUUAUCAACACGGGGUGUCUCAUUUGAUCAACCACCCCCUCAAUUCUCAGCACAUCAAGGUGUCUCAUUUGAUCAACCACUGCCGUAUUAUGAUUCUUAUCAUUACUCCACACAAGCGGGUGAUUAUGUUGAUUCAUUUCUCGAUUCGUCAUUUUACUAUGGAGACACAACGGGGCCUUGGAACACUGGUGGUGGGGACGGAGCAGGACCGAGCACGCAACGUUAGAUAUAGUAUUAAAUUUAAUAUUGUAUGUACUGUCUAUUCAUUAAUAAAUUA